GCCCAGGUAGAAAAAAAUGGCAGCGGCGACAAUCUCGGUGGAGCAGGAUGAGUUGAUAUGUUCCGUGUGUCUGGAGCUGCUGAGGGAGCCGGUGACGCUGCCGUGCGGACACAGCUACUGCCUCACCUGCGUGCAAGACUACUGGAGCGGAAGCCGGCAGAAGGGCCAGUACACCUGUCCUCAGUGCAGGCAGGUGUUCAGCCCCAAACCUCCGCUCAACCGCAACCAGGUGCUGGGCGAGCUGCUGGACAAGUUGCAGCAAAGCGGACUCAAAGACGCGCCACUUCCCACUCGGGACGUGAAAUGCGGACUUUGUCCUUCAGGUGAGGAAAGCCGAGCCGUCAAGUCGUGCGUCACGUGCUCGGAGUUCUACUGCGCGGCUCACCUGAGGGCUCACGAGGGGCGCUUCCGUGGGCGGGGCCACAGCCUGGUCCCGCUCGUGGUGACACCACAGACAAGUGUUUGUAAAGAGAAGUUAUGUCCAUAUCACCACAAAGUAGUGAGGAGCUACUGCCGAGUGGACCAUGAGGGCGCCUGCUCGCGCUGUGUGAAAAGUCAACACAAAGGUCACGAGGUCGUGCAGCUGGUGGACGAGCGUGCAUCACAACAGAGAAAAUUACAAGAAGCAUCUUUGAAGUGUGAGCAGAACCUAAAAGAGUCUGAGAAGGAGCUGCGAUAUGCUGUCAGGUACAUCAAACACGCCACUGAGGCGGCGGUGGAGGAAAGUGAGAGAAUAUUCUCCAAGCUCAUCCGCGCCAUGGAGAAGCAGAGGGGUGACGUGAAGGAGAUGAUCCGAGGCCGUGAGCAAGCAGCCCUCGCUCAAACCGAGCAUCUCCUGGAGAAGGUGGAGAGAGAGAUGAUGGAGGUGAGGAGAGGAGAGGCGGAGCUCGAGAAGCUCUCUCGGCUGGACGACCACCUCCACUUCCUUCAGAAGUGCAGAGUUCUUCACUUCCCCACCAAGAAGGUGCAGAUUCCCAACACGGACACAUUCCCAUACUUGAUGUACAAAAGCAUCAGAGGAGGUUUGGCCGAGCUGAGGGACAGUCUGGACGAAAGUCUGCAGCGAGAGUUCAACAGAAUCUCAGACAAAGUGUCUUCACUGAAGGAAACCAGCAAUCCAAAUCCCUCAGAGAAGAUGAGAGUAACCAUCGAUGCUCACAUCCCGCAUGACUCGGAACCAAAGAGCAGAGAAGAAUUUCUGCAUUACGCGCAGGACUUAGAGCUGGACCCAAACACGGCCAACCCAUACCUCAGUUUGUCUGAAGACCACAGAAUGGCGACCACACGCUCCGAGCCCCAGCCGUACCCUCCGAACCCUGAGCGCUUCACCAGCUGGGCUCAGGUCCUGUGUCGGGCAGGCAUGGCGGGCCGCUGCUACUGGGAGGUGGAGUGGGCUGGUAAGGGCGGGACCUCAGUGGGCGUGUGCUACAGGAGCAUGGGCAGAAGCGGCAGUGGCAGCGACAGCAAACUGGGCCACAAUUCUAAAUCCUGGAGCCUGGACUGCACACACGGCGGGUGCACGUUUGGACACGACAAGCACAGCGUUGGCGUGGCCACCCUCGGCGGCAACAGGAUAGGAGUGUAUCUGAACUUUAGAGGCGGAGUCUUAUCCUUCUACAGCGUGAGUGACAGCAUGGUGCAUCUUCACAGCGUCCAGACCACCUUCAACCAGCCCGUCUAUCCUGGAUUUUGGGUGGGUUUAGGAUCUUCUUUGAAGCUCUGCUCCCUGUAGAGACUUACGGCAAUGUGAGGGACAUCCAAUUAGUUAACCUAAUUGUUUGUAAGUUAUCACAAAAGAAACGUAUUAUGAAUGCUGUCUUUCGAGGCCUAACAAGAGGAAGAAGGCUCGUGAAACGCCACUGUGAUUUCAACACGGACACAUGGCAGGAUCUGCUCAACUUCCAGAGGAACUCUCUUUGAAGUGUUAAACGAACUCUCUCUGAAGUAUUUCACAAACUCUCUUCCAACUAUUUGUUAACCGAGGUCAACGCUAUUUACGACCCGCUGCCCUCUUGAAGUUGCUGUGGUCAGGAGACGGGAGGGGUUAUCCAUUGUCCUCCAACACCUGCCCCAGCUGGAUCCGGGAAGAGCCCAAGCCCGAGAAAUCCUCUUCUUGGUCUUCAAAGCGACCGAAAACAAUGACUGUUUUACAUACUCCCCAUUCCUGCUGUGACAUGUGUUGGUGCGUGAACAUUGAACAUCUGAAUAAAAGAGGAGACGAAAACCUUCUUCGUCAGAGCGUGGUGC